UUUAGAAUCACUGUAUGCAUUUUCAUUAUCAACAUAAAACAAAAAACAAAAAAACAGUGUGCAUGCUACUCUAGCUCCAAGGGUAUACCUAAUUAAGGAUUAAGAAUAUGGAAGGCAAGCUUGUGUCUAGCUGGUACAAUCUUCACUCUUCAGUUCCAGAAUCCUAUGUGCAACCACCUGAAAGAAGACCUUGCAAUGCUGUUUUGUCCACUAUAAAGACAAUUCCGGUGAUUGAUCUCGGAGGAGACGACCGCGACGAUAUCAUAAAGAACAUCAUUAAAUCCUCCGAGGAAUACGGAUUUUUUCAGGUUGUGAACCAUGGAGUUGCUAAGGAGUUAAUGGAAGAUGCAUUAAGAAUUUUCAAAGAAUUCCAUGCCAUGCCACCUAAUGAAAAGGUAAGUGAAAGUUCAAAAGACCCAAAUAAUAGUUGCAAGCUUUAUACAAGUAGUGGGAGAAAUGUUGAAGAUGUGGCUAAGUAUUGGAAGGACUCAUUGAAACACCCUUGUCCACCUUCGGGAGAAUUCAUGGAGUAUUGGCCUCAUAAACCAGAGGGAUACCGUGAAAUUGUUGGAAAAUAUACUCAAGAACUAAGAGCACUUGGGCUAAGAAUUUUGGAUCUGAUUUCUGAAGGAUUGGGCCUAGGCCCAAAUUACUUCUCUGAAGAGCUAAGUGAAAAUCCAGUAGUGAUAUCUCACCAUUACCCUCCUUGUCCAGAACCAAGUUUAACAUUGGGUGCAUCAAAGCACAAAGAUCCCAACAUUUUAACAAUUCUUUUCCAAGAACCAAAUAUCACUGCUCUUCAAGUCUUCAAAGAUGGUGCAUGGAUUCCUGUUGAGCCAAUUCCUAAUGCUUUUGUUGUUAACAUGGGCUUUAUGCUUCAGAUAAUUACAAAUGGAAGGCUUAUUGGUGCUGAACAUCGAGUGAUAACAAAUUCAAGCAGUAGCAGGCACACUAUUGCCUAUUUCAUCAACCCAAACAAAGAAGCUAUUAUAGAACCAGCAAAGCCUCUCUUAACUUCAACUUCACCACCCAUUUAUCCAUCCAUGGCAUUUGGAGAAUUGUUGCAGCAUUUUUUGAACAAGGGUCCUUACUUUGAGGCUGAAUUCCGCUUAUAAAUUACUUGUUAGACAAUAAUAAAUUACUUGAACAUUUUGUGUUUUCAUUUUUAAUGAAUUGUUUUAGUAUCCAAACAUUAUGAAUAAUUUAUUUACAUUAUGAAGGUUUUAUUUAUGCCCAAAGAGUUAUGUGGAAUCUUUCUCUUUA